CUCGUUUUCGGGUUCCACUCCUCCCUCCUUUCGGCCAUGGCGGAAGCGGCUCACACGGAGCUCACGACCACACGCUACCGUGGCUUCGUGCGGAAGGACGAGGAAUGGCCCGAGGACUCGGAGCAGUACAAAGCCGGAUGUGACAUCGAGAACCGGAAGAGGCCACCCCCCGAUGAAGUGCCUGGCGACGUGUUCGAUCGACAGCGGGUGAUCCCUGGCUUCGAUCAAGGCUUGAUGGAGCGCCAGGACUGCUUGGUCCUGGGCGCUGGGGGCAUCGGACAGAACGUGGCUCUCACUUUGGCCCGCUUGGGAGUCCGACGCAUCACCCUGGUUGACAAUGACCUUUAUGUGGCCAGCAACCUUACGAGGCAAUGCCUGGGAAGCAUCAGAGACGUUGGCAAGCGGAAAGUGGAUGUGGCCAAAGCAGGUCUGGAAUCUUCUCACAACCUCCGUUCCGAAAUUGUGGCCGUGCAUUGCGACGCCAUCCUGGAAUGGGGUACAGUGGUGGAACUUGCACGGCAAAGCACCGUGGUUUUCAAUGCGAUCGACUCAGGAGUGAUGUGGGACUUCUGUGUGAAUUCCCUGUGCAAAGAGUUGGGACUACCACUGUGUGCUGGCCAGUCCUUUGGAUGGAAGUUCAUGACCGAGCUGUACACGGGCAAAGUGGAUGAAGUUUGUGCGUUUUGCUACGAUUCCGUUUCAUCCACCUUUGCCACCAACGAGAAGGCGAUCACACGCCCGGGCGGCGUGCUGGACCGUCUCCAAGUGUCCUGCGCGGGCUCGUGCGCGGGGGUGGAGGAGGUGAGGCGCUUCCUGACCAGCGAUCGGCAAUUCCGCUGCCAUGAGGGGCAACUGCUGAAUGAGAUUUUGGCGGGCGCCUUGCAGAGCGUGGGAGGACAGCUCAUGCUCGAGUGGUCCAAGGUGCUGCAGUUCCUACAAGCCUUUCAGCAGGACAUGGUCACCAGACUUUUGCCCGGCCAGAUCUCCAAGUUGCACUCGCUGGGGUUCAUCCCACAGCCGAAACACGCGGAGACGCGCUUCGUUGGAAGCUGGGUUUGCCCAUGCCUCUCCUGCGCAGUGACGAUGGUCUCACAAUGGUCUGGCCUUCUGACAGCACCGCAGGUGGAGGAAGGUGUCCCAGAGACCCUGAUGCCGCAAUCCAUCACCUUCAACUUGGAUGCUGGCAUGACUGGCGAGGAACAGCUGGGCUACGAGCUGGGCGUCCUGGGCAUGACCCUGGACCGCCAGGAACGCCGCUUUUGCCGCGAUGCCUCGGCCGGCAGCUGCCGCGUUUGCGCGGCCGCGCGCAGGCGCCGCACGGAGGAGGCGCUCUUCGUGGGCGCCAAAGAGGUGGCGCUGGCACCAGUGCAGGGAGAGGUUUACCAGCUGCCACAAAGCUGGUCCUGCUCCUCUGACCUUUCAGAGCUUCUGGCGCGCCGCAGUCACCCCACAGUGGCGGUCCCCGCGCUGCCUGCGUGGGACUGGCGGCCCGAGAACCUCGUCCCUUCAAGGAAGCCGACGGAGGAGUGGCCCCUAGAGUUGUGGACCAUGCCUUUGAUGAAAGUGCCGCAGAGAAGUUCGAGUUCAACGGCUCCUAGUGCUUUGCGUGGCUUGGCCUCUGGAGUUCGCUCGGCUUUGGUGAAGGUCAAAGGCCAGUGGUUCCGCUUGAAGGGCUGUGGCAAUCGCGAUGAAGGCUUUCCAAUGGCGAAGGUGGGCAACAAGGGCGAAGCGUCGAUCCGGGGAUCGUGCUUCAAGCACACAGCUUACACUGAAGUCCGGAUGAACGAUUUGGUCGCCGAAGUUCUACAGAAAGCGGGGCUUGACUGUGCCAAUCAGUCGUUGGGCUGCUAUUGGUAUCGGCCAGAGCCUAGUUGGCCCUUACCAGAGAUCGAUCGGUACUGCGGCGUCUUUCAGACCUCGGGCAACGCGCGCUUGGGAGACCACUUGAUUGGUGGAAUUUUGGCACUGCUGCCACAUGUGCUCGAGCCCAUGGAGAAGGAGCUCACGCAGUGCAUUCUUCGGGGUCGUGGGAGUGACGAGUCUGAGCUCUUAGAGACGUGUGACCUCGUGAGCUGCGCUUUGCCCACGGCCGACUGCGUGGACGUGGCCCUGGACGGAAGGCAGCCACCCAGCUCGUCAGAGCUGGAGCCGGCCGUACCCCAGGCCUUCCAGGGCCUUUGGGACGAUCUCCGUGAAAAGGUCGAGGCCUCCAGCCUGCUGUGGUUGGCUUGGCGCCUAGGCUGGGAGUGCGGUGAAACAUUGCGAGCCCUACAUGACGCUGAGAUCUCUUGGGGAACCUAUGCAGACAGCAUGGGAAUUCACUGCAAUGCCCACAUCAACAAUUUCGUGGUGAAAGGACCCUGUGGUCUCAGUGGUGGUGCCAAAACAUUCCUGGCCGCUUUGGACUUCGACAUGGCCUUCACCCGACAGAACUUUGUGCCUGAGGCCCUGAGUCAGAGCAGCUUUCUCGACAGCUUUGAUGCCAUCCUGGCCUUUGAAGAAUCCAUGGGGAUGAAGAUGGUCCUCGCGGGGAGCGACUUCGCGAGCACCGGAGUGGCCAACGCCAAGGCGCCGGAGUCACACAGGCUCAUGGAAAUGGCCCUCCGAGAUACCAUGGUUGCUGCGUACACUGCGGCCCUUGAGAAGCAGACAGAUCCGCAUCCUUUGACGGAAGAACGGCAGAGAGUUUCCUACGACCUUAUCAAGUUGGCACUUUGCCUGACCACGCACGUGGAAGGGUAGCAGAUCCAGCUGCUUCAGCAACUGCGCUAAGGGCGAUCACAUGGCGCCAUGCAGGGCCAUUCCACGUUGAAGGCAAAACUCGGCAUCCCAGGGCUGACUGAGAAAAGGCGUGUUAAGCCAAAAGAUGGCCGAAGGCUGCCG